UUUCGCUUUCGUUACGUCAACUUCCGGGUUUUCUAGAGGGUGGAAGUGGUGUGAAGACGCAGGCGGGAGAUUUGUGGUGAUUUGAGAUUUACUUUCGCAUAACAAAUCUUCAUUCUGCACUGACACUCAGAACUUUUCAGGAUAUCAAAGGAGUCCCAGCGACCCCAUGGAUCCGUUGGAUUUUCUGACUCAAGAGGAGUUGAUUAAGUUUUUUCACUGUAAGAAGACGGAGAUCUCUUGCAUGGAGGAACCGCACACCUUCCUCAACCAGCUCCGAGACCACAACCUGGUACCUGAGGACCUCUACCAGAAGGUAAUAAAGAUGAGAAGUAAGGAGAGAAGGCAGGAUGGUGUGUAUGAGAUUUUGAACUGGCUGGAGAAUGAGCGAGGACAGUGUGUGAAGCUGUUUUGGAGUUGUGUGUUUCAGGAUCACAUCCUGCAAAAAUAUCCCAUUCUCCGCUUUCUCAGAAAAAGCCUUCUGGAUGGCUCCUUCAAGAAUUAUGAGAAGCUCCCUGAUACAGAGGAAAUGAACAAUAAUGAGAACAAGUCAGUGCAGAAGGAGGAAAAGAAAGUACAAGGAAAGAAAGGAGGAGGAAAGAGAAAGAAAAGUGUUGAAGAGCCCGAAGAGGAGGAGGAACCAGGACCUUCCUCUUGCUCCACCCCUGUCAGGAAGAAACCAACCACAAGGCCCACAUUCUCCUCUCCAUUAAUACGAGGACAAAAGGCUGAUAUAUGGACGUGGGGUUUGUAUAAAACUUUCCUCCCUGUUACCUGUGGUGAUAAAGGAGGCACACUGUAUCGGGACAAACUAGCCAAAGGGGUGAAGUGUAUUCUUUCUAAGGGACACUGGUUCACCCCAAGUGGCUUUGAGAAGUUUGCAGGAAAGGCAAACUGCAAGAACUGGAAGCUCUCGAUCCGCUGCCAAAAUACUCCACUAAAAAAACUUAUACAGGAGGACCAUCUGCAGUGUCCACACACGAAGAGAAGAUGUGUUCGGAAGAGUCGGAGAGUGUUGUUUCCUGUCGGUUACUCGGAAAGCUCCAGCUCUCAGUCAGAAUCAGAUGAAGAGAUGGAGGGAUCAAGUGAAGACCAGGAGGAGGAAAGAGAAGAGGAUAGAGGACAAGAAGAAGAGGAAGAAGUAGACGAUGAGGAAGAAGAGGACAAUGAAGAAGAGGAAGAAGUAGACGAUGAGGAAGAAGAGGACAAUGAAGAAGAGGAAGAAGACAACGAGGAAGAAAGAGAUAAUGAGGAAGAAGAAGAAGAGGGACUUGCAGAAGAGGAAGAAGGAGAUGAUGAGGAAGAAGAUGUGGAAGAAGAAAAAGAGGGAAAUGAAGAAGAGCGCCAGCCAUUGGAUCCAGCGUUUGAGGCUGCAGUUUUACCAGUCAGCUGUGGUUCUGUCACUGGGGCUUUAUAUAAAAUAAGAUUUGCAGGGCCACGCAGUAAGAGCAUCCGCACGGAGGAGUGCUGGUUCACGCCGGAGGAGUUCGUAAAGCAGGAGUUAACAGACGGACACUGGAAGAGAGAUAUACUGUGUCAUGGACAAACUCUUAAUGACCUGGUGGAGAUGAAGAUCCUGUAUAUCCAUUCUCUGCUGUGUGAAUGUUAUCGGUGCCGUCCUGCUGACCCGCUGGCUCUGAAUAACGAUGAUGUUUGCUUCAUUUGUGACUCUGACGGAGACGAUGACGGACAGCUGGUGUGCUGUGACGAGUGUCCACGAGCGUUCCAUCCGAACUGCCACUUACCACCUUUACAAAACAACGCACACGGGGAGAAAUGGACGUGCACUUUCUGUAUUUGGAGGAUUAACCAUCAAAUGUGGACUCACAUGAGUCUGGAAGAUGCUUUGAACAGUUCUGCAAACCAAAACAUCAUGCGCUGUGAGUAUUUGCUGCUGUGUUUGUAUAAGGAGGACACACAACACGUGUUUGCUGAUGAUCCCGUCACAACAGAGGAGAGCUACAGCAGCGUGAUUUCUAAUCCCAUGUGGCUGAACAGCGUGAGGAACAAACUGCAGAGAAAUCACUACAGCACAGUGGGGGAGUUUGUAGGCGACAUCAGGCUCAUCUUCCAAAACUGCCAAACUUUUAACAGGGGUAAUGAAUUGGGCAUGAUGGGAGCCAGACUGUGUGAGAUCUUUGAGCAGAAGUUACACAUCGUCUUUAAGAUCCCGUAGCGAUUCUCCUGUUUCACAAACCCAAUCGUCCGGUUUACUAGUAAAACCCAAAUAUUUCAGAUUUGUUUUGGGGGGAAGGGAGGAGGGGGUCAGACUAGUCAAAAGUCAAAGUAUAAGUGGUUUUGCCACAGCAAAAUAUGAGUAGUGUUACUAUGUCACAAAAUAUACAAGCCAAUCAGAUUCCAGCAUGCAGAUUUGGGAAGGGGCGGGCGUUUACUGUAGGAGGACAUCUCAAAUUUGUACAUUAACAGUGCCUGGAUUUUCGUGCACAAUGAGUACUUGAUCAGUGUUACGAGAAAAGUUUUUUUCAUUUAUUAAUAUAUACAGUAUGUGAUAUAGCAUUAUAUCACAGUUAUUGCAUAAAGAAACAUAAUUUAAUGCUUAUAUAAUCUUCUGAACUGUGUGUGUGUGUUAUGUUAAACACACACCUUUGGGUAGAAUACCUGUCUCCUGGAGUAUUUGGAGUCAUUUUAAGGAGCAUUGUGCAGGUUAGGACAUUUUUCAGAGAGAGGAAAUCAUGUCCACUGCAUGAGAAGUCAAUAAGAGUUGAAAACACACAGCGGUGUGACAGAACUUUGGAUAUAUUAUCAUAUUUUACCUGUCUGUGUGUCAAGACUAAACUUUCUUCACUCUACAUUCAGCUACUUUGAUUUUUUUUAUUAUUUUCACAGUCAUUACUGUAUGACUCAUGGUAGAUACUGAAUAACAUACCUCAGUGUUUAAGAGUCACUGGGACACAGAUGUUCUCGUUCAUCUCAGUGCCUUCGGCUAGUGCUGCUGCAGCAUGUUGAUGCAGUUCAGGAUGAGUCAUUUGGUUUACCAGUGCGUCUCAUGUUUGACUGCAACCCCAUGCGAACCCUCCCCGCCCUGCUGUUUUUCUGUGUUUUCUUCUUAGUCUGUCAUCUUAUUAAUCAUGUUAUGAGAUUAGCAAAACAUUGUCCUGGCGUUUCUUUAAUAAAAAAAAAAUUAACAGUCUCAUUUCAUGUUAAUCUUUAUAAAAAUGUAUACAAUAAGUGUUGUAUUAACUGUACCAGUGGAUGAUCAUUGUAAAUAGAAUGUUAAUUAAAUGUGUUGAUUUUACUGUUAUGCAUGGUCUUGGAUCAGCUGAAUAAAAUUAAAUCAAAUCGUUUCUCAAA